AUGUUCGGAUUUGGCAACCACGAAGACGCUCACAACCAGGUCUACGGAGGCCAAACACACCACUCCGAAUGGUCCCACGAACUGAUCGCUAGUGCCGCUGCUUUUGAAGCCAUGAAGUCCGUCGAAAGCGGCCGUCCCGAGGAUAAACACAAGCUGACGAAAGAAGUUUUUGCGGCCAUGGCGGGCGCCGAGGCCGACAAGUUGUUUGAGACCAGAGGAUUGGAUUUCUUGGACCGUGAGCGAGCGACUAUGCAGGCUAAGCAGGCAGCUGCAAAUCUCUAUGAUCAGAACUAUCAAUAA